GGCAUCAAAGCCGUUAUUGCAAAGCUCAGAUAUACUUUGAAUAGCUAGCUAGCAGCAUGCAGCAAACGAAGCAGCAAACAAAGUCCUCAAGAUGCGCUGUGGUCGGCUGCACAGAUCCUCACAGAUCUAUACAGAAUGUUCCAGCCUCAGAAGAGACAAGAGCGAAAUGGAUGGAUUUCAUUUUUGAAUGCAAUGUCCCGGAAAGAAUUGGCAAAAUUCUGUUUGUGUGCGCAAACCAUUUUGAAUUGGACUGUUUUGCCAACCUGGGUCAAUAUAACGCUGGACUCGCAACAAGAUUGACCUUGCAAGCGGUUUCAGUACCAUCUAUCCGUCGCAUUUCAGACGAGGGAAAUGCAAGCACAUCUGGACAGUGUGCUAGGGUACAUCAUGUAGCCUGCCAAACGGAUCGACCAAAGAUGUGCACAGUUGGCACGCAGCUUUCUGUGAAAACACUGCGACCUCACUACAAAAGUACAGGACUGUUGAAGAAACUUGUCAAGAUUGCCCAGAACAAAGAAUGUGAGAAACUGAAGAAGUGGCUCCCCAGCAUAAAAAAACACAUCUAUUGGACAGCCGCUACAUCAACAUCAGGGCCAGAGAGAGUGGCAAAGUGGACCUCCCUCCUUAACCAUGUCCAAGACAUCCACUCCCAUGAUGACCCUGUUUUCCCCCAGUGUUUGCAUCCGCUACGCAUUUCAAGGGACAAGAGCAAAUGGUUGACGGCAGGGACACCAGCCUUCAGCAGAUUAGAGAAGGUGUUGACCAACAAGAGGGUUCUGAAAGAUGUGGGGAAGCUGAGCCCUCACUACCAGACCUCGUCGUUGGAGUCUUUCCACAGCGUCAUUCUGCGUUUUGCGCACAAAAACUUUCCUUUUCUUGGAAUGUUAUGCAGACUCUACCUGGCAGUCCUGCAUUUCAAUGAAAAUGCUGGGCGUCCCCAAGCAACAAGUUCAGCUGGUGAGCCGCUAUUUAAAGUGAACUUCCCAAAAUACAAGAAGGGCGAGUGCACUGCAAAGCCGGUGAAAGCAGAGCCAACCUUCCAGUACGUGGAUAACCUGUUGGACCUCAUCUUUCACAAGGUUUUUCAGGACCCGGCCCCAUAUGUGAAUGAGGUGCUGAAGAUCCCAAUACCCGCGGAUCUCUCUGCCCAGUUUGACAAACCUGACAAGCGGGAAGUUGUAGCCAGCUAUGUGUCAAGGUUCAAUCAAGGGCAGGUCUGAACCCCGUAUACCUUCCUUGAGCAUCAGGGAACACUCUUCGUAUCUGGAGCAGGACGGCAGGACCACCCUGAUUCUCCGGCCCAGAUAGCCCCAACACCAGCUAACAAAGCUUCUGUACGCCAAAUACCUGUAACGUCUAAGCAAAGUUUACAUUGUAUAAGAGAAUAAAA